GGGACAGGCAGCACCAUGAGGGGGAAGAACACCUCCUCCUGGAGGGGAGCCGCCGAGAAGAGGAGCAGCACCAGCUGAGCCACUCAGAAGAGGAGGAGGAGGAGCGGAUGGAUGCCAGCCUGGGAUCAGACAGCAGCAGCAGCAGCAGCAGCAACCCUCCUCCGACCGGGACCAGCUCCCAGUUUAAUCAUUAUUAUGGGAAUGGAAGAGGAGGGCCUUGCUUUGAUCAACAUGGCGGACAACAAAGCCCCGGGACUGGGGUAACAACAGCGGCGCACACGGUACACGGCACCAUGGACCAGGUCCACAACUCCCACGACGGCUACAGGAACAACAGCCCGUACAACCACUACCCGAACUACCGAGCGGGCUACGGGAGCGGCGGCUACGCGGGCAUGAUGAGCCCCUCACGGCAGGGGAACAGCCUGAUGGGCCCGGCCGCUGCUAGCCCGGCCAAGGCGGUUAUGGCAGCCGCCGGCUCCCCGGCUGGAGCCGGGGGAGGAUUUCAGCGGUUUCCCGGACAGGGUCAGCAGCACCCUUCGGGGGCCACGCCGACUUUAAACCAGCUUUUGACGUCUCCGAGCCCGAUGAUGCGCGGCUACGGAGGCGGAUAUUCAGAUUACAGUAAUCCCGCUGCACAGCAGCACCAGUCGGCCGUGGGGCCGGCGGAAGACACGGGCUCCCAGUACGGCUCCGCAGCAGCUCACGGCUGGGGAGGACAGCAGAGGAGUCACCCGGGGAACAACGGAUCGAACAGCGGCAGAUCUCAGGUGCCGCCCAUGGACCCGAUGGCGAUGAAGCGCUCUCAGCUCUAUGGAAUGGGCAACAGCCCGUAUUCCCAGCAGCAGGGGGCGCCGUACCCCGGGCAACCCUACAGCUCCCCGCCCCCCCACAGAUACCCGAUGGGAAUGUCUGGCAGGGGGCAGAUGGGAAUGGGCGGGAUGCAUUACCCUCAGCAGCAGAUGGGCUCUCAGUACGGCCCGCAGCAGCAGAACCUGAGCAGCUACAGCCAGCCGGGUCAGCCAGCGUACUUCAGCCCCCCCCAGCAGCAGCCGGCCGCCCCCAGCCAGCCUCCCUACAUGCAGCCCUGCCCUCUGCCGCCACAGGAGGCGCCGCAGGAGGCGUACGGGGGGCGGGGCAAGUCCGCAGCAAUGACUCCUGGGAAACCCAACCACGAGGACAUGAGUCUGAGCCAGCAGGAGAGGCCGUCCAGCCUGCCGGAUCUCUCCCGCUCCAUCGACGACCUGCUCACCGGCACAGAGGCGCCAGUGAGUUCAGGGGCCUCCGGUUCUGGCAGCACUCAGGGAGACCAGGGGACUCCAGGGGCCCGCUCGCCUUUCUCCCCCCACGUCUCUCCACGCCUCCCCCCUCCGGCUCGAACGGCACCCUCUCCCUCCCCGUCGCUGUCCCCCGCCGGGUCCCGCUCGGGGCCCCUGUCCCCCACCAGCACCGGUGGACCAGGCUCUCAGGUGGCCCCCCAGGUCUCUGGUCCCGGAUCAGAUGCUGGUUCUCAUUCCUCCCAGUCGGCCAUGACUCCAGACAGAGGUUUCCCUCCCUCCAUGCAGCGCAGCACCCAGGGUUCCCACUUUGGGCCCUCGCCCAUGUCUCCUCACCACACACCUGCGGGCCCCAUGCACCACAGCUCCUACCAGCAGGGCAGCCACUCCUACGGGCCCCCAGGUAACUACCCCCGGCCCCCCCACUACGGCGGGACACCCGCUGCCGGCUACAGCAGCCCGGCCCCGGGGCCCGGCCUGGCUAAUAACAUGGGGCUGCACACCACGGGCCCCAUGCACGGUCAGGGCCCCUCCACGCCAUCAGGCCGUGGCCCCGGGCCUGGAGCCGGAGGCCGCCUCUACACCGCUGGACCUGGCACCGUGGCCCCCACCUCCCCAAACAUGCCUCAAGCUGCAGGCCAGGGCAUGGGGCCCCCGGGGCCCAAUGCCAGCUGCAAGCCGCCUGAGAUGGGACCGAACGCCAACUCCUCACUCAGCGCUCAGAGCAGGCAGGGCGGCUACUCAGCAAUGACCCAGAUGGGCGGUUCUGCCGGUCCCUACAGCCUGCAGCCAGGCAGCAACUCUGGCAGGAUGACCCCACAAGGAGCCCUCUACGCCGCUCCAGGUUUAGGGAUGAUGGCAGCAGACGGGAUGGGUCCUCACGGAGAACUAAAGCAGCGGAUCGAGCUCAGAGAGGCCGUCGGUGCCGCUGCCGAUCCGACUAAACCCAAGGACAGCUACAGCUCCCAGUGUGUGGCGCCGGCCCCCACGGCCCCCUGCCCCAUGUCCCCCAGCUCAGCCAGCGUGUCGUCCUGCGUGGGCGAGGACAGCGACGGCAUCAGCAGCCCCGCCUGGCUCAGGACUCCGCCCAGCCCGAAGCCCAAUGCAGCCACCAUGACCAACGAGAAGAUCACCAGGCUGUAUGAGAUGGGCUCCGAGCCGGAGAGGAGGCUGUGGGUGGACCGCUACCUCUCCUUCAUGGAAGAGAGGGGCACGCCGGUGCCAAACCUGCCGGCGGUCGGGAAGAAGCCUCUGGACCUGUGCCGGCUCUACCUGGCCGUCCGGGAGAUCGGAGGCCUGGCCAUGGUGAACAAGAACAAGAAGUGGCGCGAGCUGUCGUCUCUGCUGAGCGUGGGAACGUCGAGCAGCUCGGCCAGCUCCCUGAAGAAGCAGUACAUCCAGUACCUGUUCGCCUACGAGUGCAAGAUGGAGCGGGGGGAGGAGCCUCCGCCCGACGACGCCAGGAAGCCCGCAGCCCUGCAGGCCAAGGUCCAGCCGCCGUCUCCAGCCAAUUUAGGGUCCCUGCAGGGCCCCAGCACCCCUCAGUCAGGCAGCAGCUCUCUCACCGAGGCCCCUGUAGACCUGAAGCCGCCGACCCGUUCUUCCACCCCGCACAACCAGAUGGGCCCCCAGUCUGGACACAGGACCAUGGGAGGAGUCAGCGUCCAGGACCCGUUUUCAGAAGGCAGCGAUCCAGCUUUUCACAGCAAGCGAGGCCCCGGCCCCGGCGGGGGGCCCUACCAGCAGGGAGGGGGUCCAACAGAGCCGACGAUGCGGAUGCAAUAUGAUGCAAUCAAAGACCCGUACGGAGGUCCGAGGAAAGGUCCAAUUCCAGGCGAGGCCUUUAAUCAGAGUCAGAUGCCCAGUGGUGCAAUGCAGGACAUGUACCCCCGCGGACCAUCCUCUGGCCCCUUAUCCUCCGGCAUGGGACCCAGACCGCAGUACCCUUACAGCCCCAGCUACGAUCGCAGGUUGGACCAUGUGAUGGGUCCAGAGGGAGGCAUGGUGCCCGCUGGAGGUCAGAACAGCAUGGCACCAUCCACGAACGAGGCCAGCAUGUUUCCCCCCAAUAGAUACCCCCACCAGAGGCAUGGACACGAUGGUUUUGGUCAGCAGUAUCCUCACGGUAUGGCCUACAGUUCCCAUCAGCCCCUUUACCCUCAGCAGCAGGGCUACAAGCGGCCCAUGGAGGGCGUGUUCCCGGCUGCCAAGCGUCACGAGGGCGAGGCCUUCGCCGUGCAGCAGUACAGCUCCCAGCAGCCGGACCCUUACGGCCCCUACGCACCCGGCGCCGGGGGCUACACGGGCCCCGAGCGCCGGCCCGUCCCCGGACAGUAUCAGUAUCCGUACGGCCGGGACCGGCAGGGCCCCCCGCCGCAUGGAGUGAUGGGUUCCGGCCCUGCGGCGGUGCCUGGGGGCCCCGGUGAGGGGCCACAGCCAAACGUGUGGCCCCCGAGGACAGAUGUGGGCUACACAUACAACCGGCAGGGCCAGGGGCCCCCCUUCCCUGCCAUGAACAGAGCGGACGACCAGGAGGGCAGGCCCCCCCAGGACACCCAGUGGCCCCCCGGGCACCUAAACCAGCGCCAGCCCCCCUUCCCCCCCCACUCUUCCUCCUCCUCUUCCUCUUCCUCUGUUCCCCUCCUCACCUCCAGGCAGCCCGCCUCCUCCUUCCAGGCCACGCCCCCCAUCCCCAAUCACGUGACUCGCUCUCAGAGCCCCUCGUCUUUCCCCCGGCCCCCACUGGGCUCCCUGUCCCCCAACGGCGGCCCUUACCUGUCCGCCGUGAAGAAGCCAGGGCUGCCCGGGCCCCCGGCGGGGCCCCCGGCCGCCCAGGGCCUCCCCCUGGUGUACAGAGAGGUCACCUUCCCGCCGGGCUGCGUGGAGUCAACGCAGCCCAAGCUGAAACCGCGGCGCCGACUCACAGCCAAGGACACAGGAACCUCGGAGGCGUGGCGAGUGAUGAUGUCACUGAAGUCGGGCCUGCUGGCGGAGAGCACGUGGGCGCUGGACACCAUCAACAUCCUGCUGUAUGACGACAGCACCGUGGGCUCCUUCAGCCUGACGCAGCUGCCGGGGUUCCUCGAGCUCAUCGUGGAGUUUUAUCGCCGCUGCCUCAUCCAGAUGUUCGGCAUCCUGCAGGAGUACGAGGUCGGCGCCGAGGGCCGGAGGACCCCCCCGUGCCCCCCCGCCGCCGCCGCCGAGCCGAGGGAGGCGCCGCCGCCGCAGGAGUCCCGCCCUCAGCAGAGCAGCAAGUACGACAAGCGGCCUGUGAGGGUGGAGGAGGCGGGGGAGGGCUGGGAGGAGGUGGAGGAGCGCUGGGCCCGGCUGAGCCGACCCAACGGCUUCGCCAGCGGCCUCCUGCACUGGAGGGCCGGCGGGGGGGACUCCACCGCUCACAUCCAGACGCACUUUGAGCCCCGAGGCGGAGACUUCAGCCCGCCGCGCCCGGAUGAGGAGGAGGAGGAGGAGGAGGAAGAGGAGCAGCCCAAUGAACCAGGAGGCUCCCCAUCUGAGGUCAAAGGUCGGCGCUGGGCUCCAGCCGGGCCUCGCAGUCACAUCAGCCCCCUGGAGGACGAGCCCCGCUGCUGGGACGAGGCGCCGCUGUCCACCGCCGAGCCCUGGCAGGACUCUCUGGCCAAGCGCUGCGUCUGCGUCUCCAACAUCGUCCGCAGCCUCUCCUUCGUUCCCGGCAACGACGCCGUGCUGUCGCGCCACCCGGGCCUGGUGCUGAUCCUGGGCCGGCUGGUGCUGCUGCACCACCGCCACCCGCGGAGGAGGCGGGCGGCGCCGGCGUACCAGGAGGAGCGGGGCCGGGCCUGCAGCCGGGACGAGUGGUGGUGGGACUGCCUGGCGGCGCUGCGGGAGAACACGCUGGUGACGCUGGCCAACGUGUCGGGCCAGCUGGACCUGUCGCAGUACCCGGAGGACGUCAUCCUGCCCGUCCUGGACGGCCUGCUGCACUGGAUGGUGUGUCCGUCCGCCGAGGCCCAGGACCCGCUGCCGGCGGCGGCGGCGGGCGGCUCGGCGGCGGCGGCGCUGUCGCCUCAGCGGCUCGUCCUGGAGUGUCUGUGCAAGCUGAGCAUCCAGGACUGCAACGUGGACCUGCUGCUGGCCACGCCCCCCUACGCCCGCCAGCGGCAGCUCUUCGCCGCGCUGGUGCGCCUGGUGGGCGAGAGGCGGAGCCAGGUGUGCCGGGAGAUGGCGGUGGCGGUGCUGUCCAACCUGGCGCAGGGCGACGCGGCGGCGGCGCGGGCCGUCAGCCUGCAGAAGGGCAGCGUGGCGACGCUGAUCGGCUUCCUGGAGGACAGCCUGGCCGUGGCUCAGUACCAGCAGAACCCCCACGCCGCCGCCGCCGUGGCGCCGCCGCCGCCGGAGCCGCCCAGCAUCAACAUGAUGUGCCGCGCCGCCAAGGCCCUGCUGGCCGUGGCGAGCGUGGAGGAGAACCGCGGCGAGUUUGUUCUGCACGAGAGCCGGCUGCUGGACAUCUCGCUGUCGUCAGCCCUCAACUCGUCGGUGGCGGCCGUCAUGUGCGAGGUUCUGUUCAAGCUCAGCCGCUCGUGACCCGCAGAGCGCCACGGAGCGCGCUCAGUGGCGCCGCGCUGGCUGGCGCCGCUUCUAUUUUUAUUUAAAGAACAGAGAAGUUUUUACGUACAAAUGAAAAUAUAUAUAGAAUAUAUAAAGCUCCUCCGUUUCCAUCCACAGAUGUUUAUUUGGGGUUUUUAAGUAAUUUUAAUACAAAAAAAAAAAUAUUUAAUACUUUUUUAUUUUUUAAAAUUCCUUGUGUGUUUUUUUUUCUUUAGUUUGAACCAAAAUGAGUUUGAACCUUCGGGUCCGGCUCCCUUUUUUCUUUCUUUCGGUUUGCAGGGCUGCUCUGUGUGGGCGGGGCUUGUCACGUGUGGGCGGGGCUUGUCGUGUGUGGGCGGGGCCAGAGGUUGUAGAUAAACGUGUUCUGACAGAGGAAGCACUGAUGUUCAGUCGUGUUCUUUGUUCUGGUGCAAUAAGUUGGGUUUUUUUUGGGGGGGCCGUUUUUUAAAUGUGAAUUUUUGAACCAUCAGUGUUUGACGUUCGCUUCGCCGCCGCAGCAUCAGCAGCCGCCGCCGCAGCAUCAGCCGCCGCCGCAGCAUCAUCAGCGUCCCAUUCUGGUUCCGAGGACUUUCACGUCUGCGCCACAUUUUAAAUCCAGAUCUCCAGCAUCAUCCUCCUGUAAAUAAACGAUGUGCAUCAGAGCUCCAGCAGAGGGCGCCGGUCACAGCGGGCCGCUCUGGUGCGUUUGAUUCGACGGACUGCAUGUACAGGCUUUUGGGUGGGGGGGGGGGGGGUUUACUGACGCCACUUCAGAAAACGGUUGUAAACAAAUGUAAAGAGAGAAGAAGGACUUUGUUUCUUCUGUAUGAGAUCUUUAUAUGUUCCACCACAUGUUAAAUAAUAAAUGUACAUGAACUCCUGUUGAGCACUGUGA